GAAACCCGACAAAAAACUCCCCCACACACUCUCUGCUUUAACCGAAAAAGUAAAUUACAGACAUCCCCCGCGCGCCCCCUCUCUCUCUCUCCCACCCACCCACACAUAAUGAUUUCCCAAAUCCGUCACUACAAAAUCCCACUAAGAUUUCCCAAAUUGUUAAACUCUUAAAUAUGGGUCCAUUUUCGCUGCUUACACAUACAACGAUUUAACUACAAUGUUGGAGCCCAGUGUUUUGUUUUUGUAAAAUCCAAAUUGGGUUGUGUGAGAUUUAAGGGACUCGAGAGUAGCCAUGGGGAAGCUUGUUUUGGGUUUAUGGGUUGUUUUUGUUUUGGGGGUUUUCAGCAAAUGUAUAGUGGGUUUCGAGCAUUUUAAUCUAACUGAGCUGCGAUUUGAGUCAUUGCAUGGAGGAGUCUCUGCUGCAUCUGCUGCUAGUAAUCCUCUUGUGGUGGAUCUUACUCUUAUUCAGGGAGCUGCUGCUCAAGGCGCUGUAUGUUUGGACGGAACAUUACCUGGUUAUCAUUUGGAUCGUGGAUCUGGGUCAGGAGAAAACAGUUGGCUCAUUCAAUUGGAGGGUGGAGGCUGGUGUAAUAACAGACGAUCUUGUGUCUACCGCCAAACAACUCGGCGGGGAUCAUCAAAUUACAUGGAAAAGCGGAUACCCUUUACUGGAAUACUUAGCAACAAGGCCGAAGAAAAUCCAGAUUUUUUCAACUGGAAUAGAGUAAAGCUGCGUUAUUGUGAUGGUGCCUCCUUUGCAGGGGACGGUGAAGAUAAGGCCGCAAAAUUGGAAUUUAAAGGACAACGCAUAUGGUCAGCAGCUAUGGAAGAGUUAAUGUCAAGGGGGAUGCACAAUACCAACCAGGCACUUCUUUCAGGGUGUUCUGCCGGAGGUCUGGCUUCUAUUUUGCACUGUGAUGAGUUCCGGGACUUAUUUCCUGGAAGUACUAAAGUGAAGUGCCUGAGUGAUGCUGGAUUAUUCCUGGAUGCGGCUGAUGUAUCCGGUGGCCACACUCUCAGGAAAUUUUUUGGUGGUGUGGUCAGCUUGCAGGGCGUGCGAAAGAAUCUGCCAAGUACUUGCACCAACCAUCUCGAUCCAACUUCCUGCUUCUUCCCUGAGAACUUAAUUGCCAACAUAAAAACCCCUCUAUUUAUUCUCAACGCAGCCUAUGACUCAUGGCAGGUCCAGGAAAGUUUAGCUCCAGCUGCAGCUGAUCCUUCUGGUUAUUGGCGUGAUUGCAAAAUGGAUCAUGCACAAUGUACUGAAGCGCAGGUCCAGUUUUUGCAAGGGUUCAGGAAUCAUAUGCUGAAUGCAGUAAAAGGAUUCUCAACGUCCGAGCAGAAUGGCUUAUUCAUAAACUCUUGUUUCGCUCACUGUCAAACAGAGAGGCAGGAUACAUGGUUUGCUGAUGAUUCUCCUCUGAUUGGCACCAAGGGAAUCGCACUAGGUGUAGGUGACUGGUAUUUUGAUCGAGCAGACAUUAAGGCCAUUGACUGUCCGUACCCCUGUGACAAAACUUGUCAUAAUCUGGUUUUCAAAUAAGUCGCCAUAUUAUUUACUGCAUGUAGCUUUUCUUUUCUCUGUUUCAAUUGACUCAUUGAAGUUGUAAUCUUGUUGAGUAAAGUGGAGAUCCCAUUGAGUGAAAACCCGCAAUUUAAAGACAACAAAUAGCAUCAUGAAUCUAUAUGAAUUCUCUUCACAA